UCUCCGGCGGGAGGGGUGUGGAAGGGGAGCCGGGCCCAGAGCCGCCGUCACGGCCGCGACCGCCCCGCGGGGACGGCCCGGGCCGCGCUCCCGGGGCUCCGCCUCUCCCUGCCGCCGCGACCUGGGUCGGAUCGCGGCUGGAAAAUGGCGAGGGGCGCCGAGGCCUUGGCGGGCGGCUGUGCGACGGCCUGCGCGGCUGCUCCCUUUGUAACUGACUCCACCGGCAGGAGGUGUCGGCCCCGCGGCUUAAAAGGGCAACAACGACACCGCCCCCGCUACCGCCUGGGAAAGGGCUGCCCCCACCCCACCCCCACCCCCAUCCCCUCCCCCAUCCCCUCCCCGCCCCGGCGCGCCCUGCGCGCCCCUGUUCCGGCGCGUGCACGUAGCUGGCGCGCGCCCCCGCCUGGCCGCCCCCUCCUCGCCGGGACCCAGCCCCUUCCGCCCAGCUCAUCUGCUCGCCUCCUCGCUCUCGCGGACCCAAGGCUCAGAGCCAGCCGGUGCCCCGGGCCCUGGUCACCGGGAAGAGCCAGAGGCCUCCGCGCGCCCCUACUCCCCGCCUGGGGCCAGACACGUGCGCAGCAUAUAGCUCCGGCCACGUCGGCGCGGCGGCGGGUGUCAUCUUGCCAGAUAUGAAAAAUUAAGUGGCAACAAGCACAGUCCUUCGGACCUAAUGGGCCAAGGGGAAGAGGCACUGGCUCACUCAAGACAGCCAAGUUUGGUCAGAUUGCCGAGGUAUGGACAAUGGGAUGUGCCUGGAGGGAUCUAUACCACUUCCAAGUCUUGGCUUUAAAAGGAUGGAAGAGGCACCCUACUACUCCCUCACCCCGACUCCCUGCUUCCUGCUGGUGGAAAUGCUGAGAACAGAGCAGCCAACCUGGAUUCAGUGACAGGAGCCUCAUGUUAAUGAUGGAAGAGCCACCCUUCCAACUCUUGAAUGUAUUUCCUGAUUGUUAUCUAUGAGAGAAAAAAGUUCUUUCUAGUUUAAAUAUUAUAUUUUGGAGUCUCUUUGUUAUGUCGGCUUAGCCUGUACCCUAACCAAUACAGUCCCUUUCUCUCAGGACUGUUUUUAUUUUUCCUUUUUAGCCUUAUUUUAUUACUCUUACUGGAUUAUGUCUUUUAGUAUGAUUCCUUACAUCCUUCCUAGCAAGAGGCAAA